UAGGAAAAGAGCACCCGUAUAGUACAUUCGUUUCUAGAUCUCCUCCAGUGUCGUGAAUAAUUUAAAUUUUUUCGCGAAAAAAAGAAUUUUUUUUCAAAUAGAAAAUAAUAAACAAUGUGUGUUUUGAGUUAAUCAUAAUUCUGUGGUAUAGGAUUGGGAAACAAAAUACUUUUAUUUAUAGUGGUCCAAAGGCUUGGAAAAAAUACUUUCUGAGAUUAUUGCACAAUGAGACUUUUCUAAGAGCUCUUAGUGAUUGUGAUUCUGUAGCCAGUUUAGUUUAAGCUUCGAUACGUCAGAAUGAGGAUCUCGUGCUUCCUUGCGUUUUGCGCACUUUUUCUUUCUGUGGGUAUUGCUGAUACUGGAACUCCCAACAGUCCCGAGGAAGUCACAACCGAGGAACCAACCACAUCCCGUAAUGUGAGUUCUACCCCAGGAAAAAAAAUUGAGGAGCAAGAAUUCAAAGAAUCUGAGGAUUCUGAUAAAUCCCGAAAUGUACGAGCCACGAAAGGGAUAUCUUCCUUCCCUUCCUUUUCAGCUGCUAAUCUAUGGGCACCUGUGGAGACCUUUGAUAAAACUCCUAUUUUUUUCGAACACUCCUUGGCGGAUGAGGAAAAAUUAAAACUCGUCAUUAUAGAACCCUUUCUUCAAGUAAAAAAGGUACAAAAGGGCUUCCGGGGUUGGAUGCAAAAAAUCUUUAGCGAAAAUAAAGAAAAAAAGAAGGGCACUGGGCCUCUUCUAGGGCCUAUUAAGGUUCCUGGUUUAGGAGAACAUGUUUACAUCAGAGCAGUCGAACCCAUCGAAAAUGAAUCAGAAAGAAUCGUUAUUCAUUUGAAAACGAACGAACAUGCACUUGGAUCUUCUGAAAAAGGAAUCAAAUUGCCGAAUUCUUUGUCUUUGGGUAACUCACUUGGCGGUUUUGAUACUCUUCAUGGAUUGCCCAUUGAAAGUUCCCAUAUCCACACUAUUUAUGCACCCAAUUUUUCGAGUGGGGAGGUAGAUGAUUUAUUUGACAAGCCUCAUUUAUCUGCUUCUGAUCCUUCCUGGAUGACAUUUGGAUUACCUCCAGUGAGUUUUCCUUCUAAAACGGAAGACAUUUUCUCCAAUCCCAGUUUCUUUAGGAAACAUUCCACUGAAGCUGAGGGGUCUGCAUUUUUUGGGUCUUUACUUAAGGAUGCUGAGGGUCCUCAGGAAAAUGCUGAUUGGGCCCCAUCUUUUGGAAGUGCUUCAUCAUACGGAAUUAAUGAAGAUACAGAAUUAGGCCAUGGCUUUUUUGUAUCUAAAAAUAAUCAAAAGGUCUCGUCAGCUCGUGACGACAUCGAUAAAUUUCAAGGAGUCCAAAAUAGUCAAUUAGAAAUUUCUCAGGAAACAGAAUCUUUGCCACUUUAUCCACCAUUAUUCAAUGGUUCCUCGGAACUCUCUAUUUCAAAUGAGAAUGAGCAACUUCAUGUUGCAAAUAGUAGGAGAAAUAAGAAUGAUGGAUCGUCUUCUCAAUACUCAGUUCACCGUCCAGGACUCGGUGCUUAUCGGACUCAAUCAGAAAUUAUAACUUCUGAAAAUUCUAAUAUUGAUGAUGAAAAGUUACAGGAAAAAUAUAUUAACCAUGAUGGAAUUCGAGAAGUUGAGGCACCAAAUCUUUAUCAAGGCAAAAACAGAGGAACCUAUCAAUAUCGUGAAGAAAAUUGGGAUCAAGAAGAAAAUGUCGAGCAAGCGAAAAGUGAUACUAAAGAUAUAGAAAACUCUAAGAAAGUUAGGAUUUCACAGCCUUCGGAUUAUGGAAAUGAUAAAAUCGAGGAUUCCAAUUCAGCAAAAAUGAAUAAUGGGACUACGGAAAUUGUAAAACAACUUUAUGCUACAUAUCCCUGGACUGAUAGGCUUUCAAAAGGAAGAGAUGCCAUUGCAAAAGCAUCAGAAAAUGAAGAGAGAGGAAAGAAAGAAUCAACAGAAUCUUCUAUCUCGAAUUCACAAGUUCAGACUCAAUCUGAAAGUCGAAGAGCAAGUCUUCAAAGAAGUAAAUCCAGAUUCACUGUAGAUGGAAAUUUGAAAAAAGUUGUUAGAAAUAACUCAAGCUUAAGGAAGAGGUCUAAAGAUAAUUCAGAAAUACAAAAUCUUCUAAAUGAAACUUCAGAGAAUAAAAAUGUAGCUGCAGAUAAUUCUAGUAUUGAAAUAGAUACAUCUGCAGCAAUUUCUGAGAUUGAUAUUUAUGAUUCCAAUAAUUAUACAAAGCUUCUUGAAAGCAAAGAAAAAUCUAGAGUUAACGAUAGUUAUUGCUCUGAAGAAGAUGAUUUAAAAUGCACUCAGGCAGAGAGGGAAGAAUCUACUAAAAAAGAAAUGAAGGUGAAAGUAACAGCUAAGGAUUUGAAGAAAUUUUUCAUAGAAGAAUCAAAGAGAUUUGAGGAUGUACUAAAAACGGUUGAAGAAGAGUCAAGAGACAAUCAAGAAGAGACGAAAUCUAUUGCAAAAGAAUUAAACCCUUCUAAAGAAGAUAUAAAAGCUGUUGAAAGAUCCGUUAAAAAAGAAAUUAAAUCUGCUACAGGAGAAUCAAAAUCUCUUAAAGAAGAUAAAUCUUCCCAAAGUGGAAAGACGACAACUGUGUCAACAUUCAAAACUAAUACUGAAAAAUCAAAUGAAAAAGUAUACGUAGUCACUCCUUCGAAUCGUUUUACCACCAGGAUCAAUAGGACUAGAUUGGACAGAAGAACAAAUAAAUCUUAUGAAGAAGUUAAAGAAGGGAUGAGAAAAACUAAUUCGUCAAUUAGGGCAGAGAUUAGAAAACCUAAUAUUCUGGCAUCGAGACCUCCAAUUAUCGAUGGUCGUUUUAAUAGAAAGUUAAAAAAUAAUACAAAUUCAGUAAAACAGAAUACAACUGUGAACAUGGAAAUUCCGAAAACAACUCCCCCUACACAUAUAUCAAGAAUAUAUGCGAAAAAUCGCUUUAAUGAUAGAUUGAAAAGUAAUUUGAAGGAACCUAAAUCCGAGGAAAAGGACGAAAAGGAUGUUAAAGCAAAAAAAGAAGAAAAGAAAUCCGAAACGGAAAAGUCUCUGGGUGUAAGGUCGAAAGAAGAUAAGCAGAAAGAGCAACUUCAUAUGAGAAUGGCUAAGUUGUUUCCUAAAGCUCAUGAUAAUAAACUAAAAAAUGAAGCUGUUACGAUUGAAAAAAUUGAAGAGGAAGCGUAAGAAUGCAUUGUAUCAUCAAGGAUAGACCUCCGCCUUUCGUCGUUUUUAAGUAAACCUAACCAGCUUGGAUCUUUUUAGAUGUAUACAACUAGGUCUGGGUAAAAUGUAAAAAAUGUCUGCGAAAAAAUGUAUUUGUUCAAAACCAUGGAUAAUGCGAAAAGGAAUAUUGGAAAAAAGUAAGCGUAAUUUAGAUUAAAAUGUGAUUCAAUGGGUCUCUCAUAAUUCUCAAAAUCUGCGAAAUACAAUGAAGAAUUGACAAACUCGAUGUGGAAAUUCUAAAACGGUUUAUCACUUUUUUUACGUGAAUAAUUACAAAAAUAUUACGAGUGUUUGGAAAAUGAUUCUCAGAACACUCACGAGCUUGCCAGACAAAUCUGGGAACUGGUAGGUAAGUUCGCCUGCAAGUGGCUUGCACGCAAGAUCGCACAUAUGCGCGGUGCGUGUAUGCGCGCGUGUGUGUGGUUCAAGUUCGUCUGACGAGCGGCUAGAAGUUUU